AUGACUUUAAUGUUUUUAUUUAAUUUUAAUAAUGGUGAUCCUAAUAGACCAUCUUUCUUUGAGAUGUUUGCACAACAUCAGAUGAUGCCAUCAUUCAAACCCGCUCUUAAAUAUAUAUUCACUGUAUUAUCACAGAGAAAUUCAAAGUUUGAAAUCAUUGUUAAAUAUCAUGAUGAAUUCUUCUAUUCAAUGUUAUUAUUGCUAGAGUAUCAUUAUCUAAAGUACUAUGAGGGAUCAUUCUCUGAGAACUUUUAUAAUCUAAAGAGAUCGGUAAAAGUAUCGAAAAAGAAUGAACCAAUUCUUCAGAGACUAUGGGAUCCGUCGACUGCAGAUCUACAGACAAAUCAAACACCAGCACCAACACCAAAGAAAGAUGAAAGCACUGUCAAACAACUUCGAAGACAAACUCUGCUCAAUCUUAUCUCAAAGGGUUCGAAAGAGAAAGAAACGAAACCAAUGACCGCCAAAGAUCAACGUAUCUCUAUACUCUAUCUAGUGAUACUACCGUACAUUAAAACAAAGUUAGAUGAAUUCUACAAGAAAGAGUCAGAUCCUAUCAAUUCACUUGGUUUAUUAAAUGAAGAUAAUAUUUAUCCAACAAUCAGUGCUCUUUAUGAAGCAUCGUUUUUUAUAUAUCAACUUUUGUAUCUCUAUGAAUAUACUGAUUUCUACACACCAUUCUUACAUCUACAGAGAAUUGUAUUAAAGAGAUUGACUCAUCAAGAUAUUGAAAAUCAUUCGAAUGCAGUAACAACAAGAAGAAAUGAAAGAUUAGCUAUCGUUAGAAAUUGGCCAUUGCCAUAUAUCGUAACACCGAUAGUAAAGAUAUUGGAUUCCAUAUUAGAUUAUACCAAGUUUAUAUUGCCAGCAUCGGUGUUCCUCUUCAAGUCACUCGAGUGGUGGUACAGCGAGAAUAGAGCAUCGCCACCAUCAUUACCAGUACCGCCACCUCCCUCACAACCAAAGCGAGCGCCAAACGGUCUAGCCAUUCCCGACGACAAGACACAAUGCCCGCUUUGCCUCAAAGAGAGAACUAAUCCAACCAUCUGUGGAAGUGGUUUUGUAUUCUGUUAUCCCUGUAUAUUUAGUUAUGUCCAACAACAUCAGAAGUGUCCAAUUACAUUUAUUCCUGCAACCACAGAGCAUUUAAGAAAGAUUUACGAAACAACAUAA